AUGGUCAGCAAUGCAAAAGCGUUUCCUGUCACAGCAAACCUUACUGUCCGCACAGCUCCUUCUUUGAGUGCUAAAAAAGUUCGUACUGUUCCUAUCGGUUCACAUGUUGAUAUAGUUUGCCAAACCACUGGUGACACUGUCCAAGGCAUCAACAUCUGGGAUAAGUUGAUUGAUGGAAACUUUGUCUCUGAUGUUUUCGUCAAAACUGGCACUUCCGGUUUUUCUCCGGACCUUCCACGUUGUAAAAACACUUCAUCUUCCAAUAUCGGUUCCCCCAACAAUGGCAAAAUUAAUAACGAGGGUCUUGAGCUUAUUAAAAGAUUCGAGAAAUUCGAAGAAAAUUUUUACAAUGAUCCUGUGGGUAUCAAAACCAUUGGUUAUGGUCAUGCUUGCCAUGUCAACAAUGUUGAUGACAUCAAACCACCCAUAACUAUUGCCCAAGGCGAAGCUUUACUUAGGAAAGAUUUAGUUACGUUCGAAAAGGGUAUUAGCUCACUCACCAAUGUCAGUCUUACUUCCAAUCAGUUCUCCGCUUUGGUUUCAUUUGCCUUUAAUCUUGGCUGUAAUACCUAUAAAAAAUCUACAUUACGCAAGAAAAUUAAUGAAGGUGACAUUGAGGGCGCUUCCCUUGAGUUUGGCAAGUAUAUUUAUGGUGGUGGAAAGAUAUUACCCGGUCUGGUGAGACGCCGUGAAGCUGAGAGAGCGUUGUUCUCUAAAGAUAAUUAA